AGGCAAGUCUGGAUAAUGGAGCUAGACAGGACCCAGAUAACACCUGACCCCAGGUUUCCACCGAGCCUUUUCGACUUGCUGACAACCAACUACAGCAUUCCAGCUGAGUGCCUUUCUCAACCUCCCACUGCAGCCCAGCUCCUGAAGAAGCUGAACUCUGUGGAGCUGGCUAUCACAGGGAUCCUGACCCUGUUCACUGUGAGUUCUGUCAUCAUCUACGUGGAGGAUGCCAUUUACCUGUACAAGAACACACGGUGCCCCAUCAAAAAGAAGACUCUGAUUUGGAGCAGUUCUGCUCCCACGGUGGUGUCUAUAUUUUGCUGCUGUGGGCUCUGGAUCCCCCGCUCCCUGAUGUUCGUGGAGAUGGCUGUCACCUCGUAUUUUGCCAUUUGCUUUUAUUUGAUAAUGUUGGUCAUGGUGGAAGGCUUUGGGGGGAAGGAAGCAGUGCUGAGGACGCUGAAGGACUCGAAGAUGAUAGUCCACACUGGCCCUUGCUGCUGUUGCUGUCCCUGCUGUCCCCGCCUCAUCCUUACCAAGAGGAAACUGCAGUUGCUGAUGCUGGGCCCGUUCCAGUAUGCCUUCUUCAAAAUGGUCUUUGUUUUGUUGGGCCUGUUGCUGGUACCUGAUGGCAUCUACAGACCCGAAGACAUCUCUGCAGGGAGCACAGCUCUAUGGAUGAACACUAUCCUUGGUGUGUCCACCUUACUGGCCCUCUGGGCCCUGGGAAUCCUCUUCCGCCAGGCCAGGCUACACCUGCGCUCUCAGAACAUGGGAGGCAAAUUUGCUCUCUUUCAGGUACUCCUCGUACUGACUGCCCUGCAACCCUCUAUCUUCUCGAUAUUGGCCAGUGUCGGGCAGAUUGCUUGUUCUCCGCCCUAUUCCUCCAAAAUCAGGUCCCAAGUGAUGAACUGCCACCUUCUAGUAGCAGAGACCUGUCUGCUGACCAUACUGACGAGGAUAUACUAUCGGAAGCGAGAUGACAAGAUGGGGUUUGAACCUUUUUCUCUUCUGGAUACGACCUCUGAAACCAAAGCUUAAAGACAGGCUGGCUUCCCCAGUCUAAAGGUCCUUCUUCACUACCUGGCUCUGACACGAGCAAGGGAAUUCUCAUUGCCAUUAUGCAGUUGCAAAUAACUACAGAAAUUGUUGGAUAUUUUCACAUGAUAAAGGACGGAUGUCGUAAGGAAGAACAGAUUUUCUUUUAUUAAAAAAAACUCUGAAAAUGGAA